AUGGAUGUUACGGGAGUGCUUGUAUCUGCUGCUCAGGUGCUCAUUAUUCCCGAAGGAAUCUCUCAUUCUCCAGAUGAUUCUCCUAUCGGUCUCUACUUGCUUGCGGGUUUCAUAACUCUUUUCACUAUAGAUCGUUUCUCUGAUAUUGCCAAAAUCUCAAAGUACUCUACCAUCGAGACUGAUACUCUAGAUUUUGAUAGAGAUUUUACACCUCCACCGUCCCCUGCAGAUCUGACUUGCCUUGGAUCCAAUUCAAUUAUCAUUUCUCCUUCGACUCUGCUUAAAAGCAUCUUUCACGGUGAUUGGAAUGACCUCAAAACUCCUAUCAAAAAUGGUUUCUUAUCUGCAUUCCACAAUACCGAUACUCUUGGUCUUCUUAUUCAUUGUCUAACCGACGGCAUCGCUCUUGCUUCUUCUCUUAUGGCCUCCUCAGAAUCCUCCUCUUUUCAGUCCAUAUUCAUUGUUCUUGCCAUCUUCCUCCAUAAAUUACCAACUGCGUUCGCUCUAGUAUCUAUUCUUCUUGAAAACAAUCUUCCAAAACUUCACGUGGUUUGCCAUCUCAUAGCAUUCUCUCUUGCUGCCCCUAUAGGUGCCAUUAUCACCUAUCUAAUCAUAGUUACCUUUGUUAACCAGAGUUUGCAGGGAUUAAGUGGCUUGCUACUCACCUUUUCGGGUGGCUCAUUCCUUUACGUGGGCUUCCAUGCCUUACAGAAUAUUUCAGCUUCAAAAGGGCAGGCUUCAUCAACGAAAUCUGAUCUCAUAGACUACACCGUCUGUAUCGCAGGAAUGCUGCUUCCCGUACUAGUGGCAUGUAUCCCGGACGAAUGA